CGAUCGCUCGAGUUGGUUCGCACGUUGAAUGGCGACACGGAGGGGCUAUCGUUAACAGCUCCCACUUCAGAUUCCAUUUAAAGUUUAAACGGAAUGUGCAGAGCGUCUGAGUGCCGGAUUAGGAUAUGCCGUACUAGAAUCUGAGAAGCGGAGCUCCGGAACGGAAUUGUGGGAACGGAGCAGUCGCUCGGCCCUCUCGCGUCGCUUGCAUCUUAACAGAGCGUGCGAGCGAGAGUGCUCGCGUCUCGACGACGCGUUAAUUAUGUGAGUACGCGGUGUCUAAACGUCUUUCCAAGUGGCGAAGAGAUAGAUUUUGACGUGUCAUGUUUCAUCACGAGUACGAAAAACGGCUGGUGAAGCUGGCGACCACGGUCGGCGAUGGCUCGAUGGCGACGGGUACAACCGUGUUAUCCAACGUGGUUGCUACUUACUCGCCCAUUUACUUCUCACCCACAAAGACAUCGGCCUGCAACAACAGUUACGAUCGUUUCAUACCCACUCGCUCGGGAAACAAUUGGCAGACGACGUACUCGAUGAUCAGCGAGAACAUCCGCAAUGGCCUGGUGGCGAAGAAAACACGGGAAAACGGCGAAGGUAGUCGCGAUGGUAUCGCGUACUCCUGCUUGCUGAAGAACGAAUUGCUCGGGGCGAGCAUAGAGGACAUUAAAGGCCAAUGUGAGGAGCGCAGGGUGCUCUCACCGUUAGUCACUAAGAAUCUUUUCAAAUAUACUACACCCACCAAGGAUCGUACUUUAUUGGAUCAAAGCUCACCUUACUCCUUAUCGCCGCUCAGUGCCAAAAGUCAGAAGCUAUUAAGGUCACCCAGAAAGGCGACUAGGAAGAUCUCAAGAAUACCUUUCAAAGUGCUGGACGCUCCGGAGCUGCAGGACGACUUCUACUUGAAUCUGGUCGACUGGUCCUCCCAGAAUGUUCUCAGUGUGGGCUUAGGAAGCUGCGUCUAUCUAUGGUCAGCAUGCACCAGUCAGGUGACGAGACUAUGUGAUCUGUCCAGUGAUGGUAACAGUGUCACCUCUGUGGCCUGGAACGAGCGAGGCAAUUUGGUAGCAGUAGGCACACACUUGGGCUAUAUACAAGUAUGGGACGUAGCGGUGAACAAGCAGGUUAGCAAGUUGCAGGGUCACAGUGCGCGUGUGGGAGCUCUAGCAUGGAAUGGAGAAGUUCUCUCGUCUGGCAGCAGGGACCGGUUGAUAUUGCAGAGGGACGUUAGGACACCAUGUGUGGUCGGCGAGCGGCGUCUCGGAGCUCAUCGACAGGAAGUGUGUGGCCUUAAAUGGUCACCGGACAAUCAGUACUUGGCUUCCGGCGGCAACGACAACAGGCUCUACGUGUGGAACCUGCAUUCUCUCUCGCCUAUUCAGACGUACACCGAGCAUCUGGCAGCAGUCAAGGCGAUCGCCUGGUCUCCCCAUCAUCACGGCCUGCUGGCGUCCGGCGGCGGUACCGCCGAUCGCUGCAUCCGCUUCUGGAAUACACUGACCGGCCAGCCGAUGCAAUGCGUCGACACCGGCUCGCAAGUCUGCAAUCUGGCGUGGAGUAAGCACAGCUCCGAAUUAGUCAGCACGCACGGUUACUCGCAGAACCAGAUCCUCGUGUGGAAGUACCCAAGCCUCACGCAGGUGGCCAAGCUCACCGGUCAUUCCUACAGAGUGCUCUACUUAGCGAUGUCGCCGGAUGGCGAAGCGAUCGUGACCGGCGCGGGCGACGAAACUCUGCGCUUCUGGAACGUUUUCAGCAAGGCGCGCAGCCAGAAAGAGAACAAGUCCGUAUUGAAUCUAUUCACCAGCAUCCGGUAAACGGUGAUUGGUCAGAGCACCAUAGAUCGACGUCAUCUUUUACUAUGCUUUUUUGUACAUAUGCAUACACGCAUACGCGCAUUCAUCGUCACAAUUAAUAUCGUAGUGUUCUAAAAGAAUUCUUAUAUACAUAUAUAUAUAUAUAUAUAUAUAUAUAUAUAUACAUAGGAACGCGUAUGUAUAAUUAUGCUAGAAAUACUGCGAGGAUACUUAGAGAGAGAUAGUAUAGAGAUAAAAACUAUGUGGAGUUUUUUAACGCGUAGAUUUCGCGGAUUUUUCGCACAACUUGCAAUAUACAUUUAAUUAUUUCUGUGCAAUACUCGUCCACUCUCCGGUAAGAUAUCUUGAGGGGAAAAACAAAAUUACCCAUCCCGGAGGCUAUCGCAAGACGCUCUAUAUAUUUUUUAAGCACUUUAUACACUUAUUUUUAUACUGUCGCUACGUGUAGAAUCUUGAAUAUUUAUACAAGGUGUCCCGGAAACCAUAAUCUUAACUUGAGGAUAAAUCUGAUGUUAACUUCUUGAAAAAAACCACACACACACACACUUUACACUUUGGUUUAUAUAAUUAAAUCACACAUAAAGUUUUUUGUUUCCUCUUUUCAUCAUUAUUUUACUCAAAUAAAUUCAAUUUUUUAAAUAAUGAAACAGUUCUACUCUCAAAGUUUUUCUCUAAAAUCGAUUUCAGACUUUUUCAACAAAAUAUGUAAUUGAAAUUAAAUCGUUCAAGGACAUCCUGUAUAAUCCGUUUUCAUAUUCUAUCGUAUGCGAUUAUAUUAUAUAUAUAUACUAUACUUUGCUACACAUCUUCAAUUGAGAAUUCACAAUGAUCAUUUUAGAAUUUUGCAAAAUCUCGUAAUCGCAGUUUCUUUCAAAGGCGUAUGUAAUUUUUUUAAUUUCUCUGUGUUCAGACAUUUGCAAGCUGAUUAAUCUGAAAGAGAAAAAAAGGGAAUUUAUACAAGUCUUAGCAAGACUGCGCUUCUCUAUUAUUUGAAAUCCCGAUGUACUUUAUUAGUCACUGUUAAAAAAAUCUGUUGUUUGUGGAUAUCAUAAGCUUUUUGUUAUAUUCUUUUAUGAUCAAUAAUUUAUAGUUAAAUUUGCGCGGCAAAUUGUACAAAUUUAAGUUGAAAUGUGACUUACAAAGAAUCUAUGCUAAUUUAUAACAAAAUCUAUUGCUAAUUUAUAACAAAAAAGAUUUAUAUAUAUACAUAUAUGUAUAUAUAAUAUAUCAUAUAUAUUUUGCGUAUUUUUACUGCUUCUGUUUUCUUCUUGAAAAGAAGCAAGAGAAAUUGUAAAUCGACGACAGCAAUUGUAGGAUCGAGAAAAUGCACAUAUAGUUCGCAAAUUUAUAUACAUGCGUAAUCUAUUUUUUGCGACAUCGUAAAUCGUGAGUGAACAUGUGUAAUAAGCAAAAAAAAGGAAAGACUAAAUAAAGUUAUAUUGAAAUUAGAAUAUGUAAAUUUCAAAGAGGCGACCAUUUGUGAAUCGUCAUCUACUGAAUGUAAAUGAUCGGCAAUUAUUAUAUCACAUUAUAUAUUAUGCUAGAAUAUGAUGUAUAAAAUAUUUUUAUACAGUCGGCUAUUAUCGUUGGAUGAAGUGCAUAUAUGCCCGUGACACUUUGCUCGAGUCAUGCGUAGCGAUUAACCAGGAAGACGCACCGGAAGGAAAAAGGAAAUGUAAAUCGCAACACGCUACAUUCUUCUAUGUGCACUGCAUUCUAUAUGCGCUAGGAUACUCUUCGUGCUUCUUAUAAUAAGCUAACUGCAAAUAACAAUGUGCUUUUUCGCAGUUUUAUGCAAGCGAUAAUUUGUGGCACAUAACCGAGAUGAAAAAACUGUUUCGUUUUUUAUAAUAAGAGAAAAUAUACAUAUACAUAACGCAAACUAUACAUCAGUUCUAUUAGAUGUAACAAUCUCGUAAAAGAAAAUAUUGUAAGAAUAGAAUUAUAUGUAGAACAUUGAUAAAAUUAUUAAAUUGUAAAUUAUGAAUCGUUAUCUAAAAUGUACCUGUGUGAAUACAAAUGAAGGAUGAAAAGUAUAUUGCAAAUGGCAAAAUCAACAAUACUAAUGUAUGCGAGUUAAAAUCUAGUCAAAUCUUUUUCAAAUUCAGUACGAAGCUGUCGAUAAUAUUUUCUUAAAUUAAUUGUUUCUAAAUAUUUCCCUUUUAUACAAUGCGUAUGAUUUAUUUCUCUAUAUAGAUAUUGUACUUUUUAUUCUUCCAAAAUCAUACUUUUAAAUAUCAAAGUAAAAUAAACUUUCACAAGAGUAGCAGUACUUUAUCUAUUAUACCAAUUAAUAUUUAUUUAUUAUAUUUUCUAUCGUGUUAUCUAAUAGAACUGAAUAGAAACUGUUUGCGGUAUGAACACAUGAAUUAUUUAAAUAUUUGAUAAAGACAGUAUACCUUGUGUUUCUUUAUAAAAUGUGUGAACUCUAGUGUGCAUUGGAUUUGCGACCAUGCAUCAACAUGGAAGCUUAUUAAAUCUUUGAUGUAUUAAUGUAGAUACAAUGGUAUCUAUUGUCAUGCAUGCAUCAAGAUUUAAUAAAUGUUGAAGCUAGAUACUUCUAAUUUAUCCAAUGUCAUAAAAUCGGUUUCCGAUUUACGAUAUUCAUUCGCUGCGUGCAAUGUUUUCAUAGAAAACAUUAUAUUACUUCUCAUUAUAUAUUAUUUUUGCCAAUUGCCGAUAUAAUCGUAUGCAAUUAUGCUGAUUCUGAUAGAAAUAUUUCGGUUAGGUACAUAUAAUGUAAGAUUAAUAAAUCAGUUCUGUAUCUAUUAUUAAUUUGAUGAGAAUUACAAGAAAAUUCUGUCAUAUACACAUGCACACGCAUAUAUAUUAGAUCACAUAUAUAUGUCCCCUAAUUCGUGAAUCAAAACAUUAUAGCAGGAAAGCUCUUAAAACACUAAAUUAAAAAGGUCUGCAAUUUUUCAAUCCAAGCAAUAGUUUUUGAUAAUUUGUUAAUGCUGUCGUGUAUGCUACUUGCUAUUUACGGAAAAAACUACUGCUUUCACGGAUAAAGCUACUGCUUUAUCAUAGAACCUGAUUAGUCAAUUUUAAACUCUUGUAUUUCAAAACUAUUGCUUGAAUUAAGACUUUUUUGAUUUCGUUUUUUUUAGUUUGAUUUAAUUCUUUGAGAACUUUCCUUCUAUAUUUUGAUUCGUGAAUUGCGGGACACCCAUAUAUAUGUGUGUGUGUGUGUGUGUGUGUGUGUGUGUGUGUGUGUGUGUGUGUGUGUGUGUAUGCAUAUGUAUGCAUUAUAUUAGUACAAUUAGAGUUUAUUUCUUUUCGGAACGAUAUAAAAUAGUGAAAAAUUAUGUAUUAAUAUAUAUACAAAAGAUAAUUAUACUUUCGAAAAUUGUGAAACUAUUGUAACUGCCUGCAAGUCAGAUGAAUAAAUAUUAAAAUAAAAUA